UAAUUUCGUAUAGUUGUAUCGUCUUAGUUAUAUUUCAUAGAAUUGAUUAUAUAAAAAUAUGACGGAAGAAUCCUUAAAAAGUUGGCAUCUUAUAUGGUGGUUAUUUAAAUUAUUUGGAUUUCCAAUUACUAUUCCAUGGUUGAUAUAUCAUUUCCUUGAUAUAAUGCAACAAAAAAGAAAAAAAAAAACACUCAAUGGAAAAGUUGUAAUAAUAACUGGAGCCAGUUCUGGAUUAGGAGAAGCAUUAGCACAUGUUUUUUAUGCUUGUGGCUGUAAAAUUAUUUUGAUUUCUAGAAGAAAAGAGGAAUUGGAUAGAGUGAAAAAUAUUUUAAUAAAUACUCAUGUUACAGUACCAACUUAUCCUCCAGUAAUUUUACCAAUAGAUAUAACUAAUAUAAAUAGUUUACAAACUGAAAUUACAAAAGUAAUAGAUAUUCAUGGAAGAAUUGAUAUUUUAAUUAAUAAUGCUGGUAUCUCUUAUAGAGGUGAAAUUAUUAAUACUAAUAUGGAUGUAGAUAUAAAAGUAAUGCUUACAAAUUACUUUGCUCAAAUUGCUUUAGCAAAAGUUAUUCUUCCAUAUAUGAUAAAACAAAAAUCAGGUCAUAUAGUAUGUAUUAGUAGUAUACAAGGCAAGAUUUCAAUUCCAUACAGAUCUGCAUAUGCAGCUUCUAAAUAUGCAUUACAAGCAUGGUGUGAUUGCUGUAGAGCAGAAUUACAUGAUCAGAAUAUAAAAAUUACAAUUGUUAGUCCUGGUUACAUAAAGACUUCUCUUUCUUUGAAUGCAUUAACAGGAAGUGGACAAAUUUAUGGAGUAAUGGAUAAAACAAUACAAGAAGGAUAUCAUCCAGAAUAUGUAGCAAAUCGUAUUUUAAAAGCAGUAUUAAAAGAAGAAAAAGAUAUUUUAAUAACACCAUUCAUUCCAAAAGCUGCAAUGUUUUUACGCAUAUUAUGUCCAUCAUUGUAUUUUUGGAUAAUGCAGAAACGAGCUAAAAAGACAAAGGAAAAAGAAUAAUAAUAUUUGAUAUUUGAUUAUUACAAAUAGGGUAAAUUGUAAUUUAAUUAUUUAUUAUUUCUUAUUUACACAAAAUAUUUUGUUUUUAUCUUUGUAUUUAUACUAUUUUUUGUUGUUAUUUCAUUGUAAUUAAAACGAAAUAUGAAUUAGAAUAAAUUCUAUUUUAUAUGAAAUGUUAUUUA